GAAAGGUUGGUUCUCAACAGUUGUAGCAGUUUAAAAGAGAUACAUCCAUCAAUUGGAUAUCAUGAAAGGCUUAUUUUCUUGGCCAUGGACCAUUGUACAAGCCUUGAACUGUUUCCACCCAUCUUUCGAAUGAAAAAGUUGGAGACUCUUAUACUUUCUCAUUGCCCUAAGCUUUGUAAGAUCCCAGAGAUCCAAACCAGCAUGGACAACUUGGUAGAGUUUAGUUUGAGAGAAACUGGGAUAGAAAUUGUACCCUCAUCAAUUGGACAAUACUGUAAAAACCUUGUUUCUUUUGAUUUGAGGUCGUGUAGAUAUCUUCAUAGCAUUGAAGGCAACUUCCAUCUCUUAAAACAUCUGCAAUGGCUUUAUCUCAAGGGUUGUGAUCAACUUAAGAACAUACCAACAGAAGGCCUCUUCGAUGUAGAAUGUUGUUUAAAUGUGCUUUCUUUAUCUUUGACCAAUCUUCAGCCAGGAGCACUGAAUGAUUUUCUUGGCUUUCCACGUUUUUUAAGAAGGUUGAACCUUGGAGGGUGCAAUUUGGUAGAUGAAGACAUCUCCUCUAUUUUUUGGGAGGAGUUUUCCAACCUACAAGUAUUAGACCUAAGUGCAAAUGAUUUUUCACGAUUGCCGUCCAGCCUUUCGCAACUUCCUCAUCUCAAAUUCAUUGACCUGUUUGGUUGCUAUAACCUUGUGGAAUUACCGGACCUCCCAUCAAGCAUAUCUAUCCUCAUUGCAAACGGGUGCACGUCUCUUAAAAUUGGAGAUUUUCCAACAAACCAUCUUAAAUGGUUGUGGAAAGUCAUACUUCCACCAAGCAAUUAUAAUGGCGAGAGGGUAUUGCAAUCCAUGCUUCAGGGAAAUGCUAUCGAAGACUACUUUAUUAGUAUCCUAUUUGAAGAAURUUAUGUUCCAAUAAGAGGCUUUGCACGGGAAGCAUUUACGUUACAACUUCCGUGGAAUUGGUACAGCGAAUUCUGUGGAUUCUUAAUAUAUAUUGRUAGAUGGAAAGGGCAGAGGGAUAAAGUCAUUGUUAUCAAGGAUGUAUUGAGUGUGGAAAAUGGAGAUGGUGUUUUAGAGGAGUCUAAUAAACCUGAGCAUCAUGAUGAUGAUGAUGAUGAUGAUGAUGAUGAUAAAGAAAGUAGGACAGCAGCAGCAAUGUGCUAUAUAUCCUUUGGUUCAUUGAGGAACACCUCAUGGUGGAAUUCGACCCACACUACCCUUUCACUUUCUUUUCAAAGAUGUGUYGACUUAAAAGUUGAACUUGUACCUAGGAGAAGUCAAGGUGAUGAUGAUUCAAUGGGAAUAGGAAGGGCGAAAGAUGCAACAUACCUUUCAAAUUUUUGGGAUGAGGAAUUUCUAAAUCRAAAGACGUUUGAGAUCAUACAUGAUUCAAAGUCCUCUAKUCAGAUUCAAUGGGCCACUGGUAUUGAAUCAGACUUGUUCGAUCGUAUCUAAUAUUCUUUUCAUCGUUUGUGGCAUUUUUAUAGAAAUUGUUGUAUAUUUUUUCCCUUUCUCCUUUGUUUGAAACCUAUCGUUUUCUCUCUCAACUAAUUAYCUAUUGUUUUAAC